CGUUGCCCUGCGACGCUUGGAACGAAACCGGAACUGGCGACGAUGGCGGAGGCGGAGAACAUCCGCGUGGCCGUGCGCUGCCGGCCCAUGAGCAAGAAAGAGAUCAACGAGCAGGCCGAGUCGUGCUUUACGGUAUACGACGCUCCGCCCAUAUCGCCGCUCCAUGACGUGGCGCAUUCUAGUGCAAGAACGGCAACGCCGUGCUCACGAAUCCGGACAACAAGGACGAGGUCCACGAGUACGCUGCGCAUUGCCUCUGGCUGCCUCUAAGGUUGGCGUAGGUUUGGCUUUGACUUUGUAUACCCGUGCGAGACGGAGCAGUGCAAGGUCUUCAACGACUUUGGCCAGCCCGUGCUCCAGCGCGCGUUUGGCGGCUACAACGGCACCAUCUUUGCGUACGGGCAAACCGGCAGUGGCAAGACGUUUAGCAUGGCUGGCAUUGCCGGCAACGAAGAGCUCGAAGGGCUCAUCUCGCGCAUGAACAAGGCCCUCUUUGACCACGUGCAGGCCGAGAAGACCAACAGUCCCAACAAGCUCUUCCUCGUCGAGUGUUCGUUCUUUGAAAUCUACAACGAAAUCAUCUACGACCUCCUCGACUCGAGGUUUGGAGUCGCGACUUGGACGUGUGUACCAAGCUUACUACGUUAGCCCUUCCAAAGACAAGAAGAACAAGGGCCUGGAGAUCAAGGAGCACAGUGUGCUUGGGAUUUACGUCAAGGACCUCCAAGAGCGCGUCGUCGAGUCGCGAGACGAAGUGCUGGAGCUCAUGGCCCAAGGCCAAGCCAAUCGCACGGUUGGGUACACCAACAUGAACUCGGAGAGUUCGCGGUCGCACUCGAUCUUUGUCAUCAAGAUUCACCAAAAAGACUCGCUUGACGAGAGCAAAAACGUGUUUGCCAAGGUCAACCUCGUGGACCUUGCGGGCUCGGAGCGCGCUGCAGGCACGGGCGCCGUCGGCACGCGGCUGAAAGAAGGCGCCAACAUCAACAAGUCGCUCAGUGCACUCGGCAACGUCAUCAACGCACUCGUCGAGGACGCGCGAACGGGCAAAAAAUCGUUCAUUCCGUACCGCAAUUCCAAGCUCACGCGUGUGCUUCAGGAGUCGCUUGGCGGCAACUCACUCUGUUCGAUGCUUGCGACGCUCUCGCCCGCCAACAUCAACUUUAUCGAGACCCUCGGCACACUCAAGUAUGCCAGCCGCGCCAAGUCGAUCAAAGUCAACGCAAAAAAGAACGAAGAAGCAAGCCAAAUCUCGCAGCUCAACGAGGAAAUCGCGGCGCUCAAGAAGCGGCUCAUGGAGCAGCAGAGCAUUAGCGUCGACCCGGUCGAGAAGAACGAAAUGAUUGCGCGCUUUGAGAAGCAGAUCCAAGAGAUGGACGCGGUCCGGCUACAGACGUGGGAAGACAAGGCCAAAUUGAGCAAACAACACGAGCUCGAGCGCAAAAAAUUGGCCAAAGAAAAGGCGCGCGCCGACCAAAAGACCCAAGAUGAAAAGGUGAAAAAGUGGAAGCUUCUCGAGGCAAAAGCGGACAUUGAACUCGCGAUGCGGGCGACGCGCGAGCUCGACGUCGGGACCGAGAGCUGGAUCCACAUGGCGGCCAAAGCCAAGGCGCUGGAGCAAGACGUCAAGGACGCGCGGACGCUCAUUUGUGUCUUCAAAGACUCGUUGGACAAGGACGUUCUCAACUGGAAGGGCACGGACGACGACGCAUCGUCCGUGCACGUGACGGCCAACCAACUGUGCACGAAGAUCAAAAACAUACAAGAAGAGAGCGCCAAGAUGAUGGCCCUCGAGAGCGAGCUACUGCGUCAGACAAGCACCGUCUUGGAUGCAAUUGCAACCGAGAUGGAUAUGCUGCAGCGCAGCUGGACGACCGCGGUCGCAACGACGCCGCCGCCGACAAAGGAAGCCAAAGUGCUCUACGAAGAUCGGGACAAGGCGCUGAGCAUUACGAUGCACAUGGUGCAAGCCUACCGCGCGGCCUUGCUGAGCACGCUCAAGGCGGAGCGGAAGCGCAUUUUCAAUAUGCACGACGCGGCCAAGCUCCUCAGCAAUGAGCUCCAGGCCCAAGUCGAGAGCCCGCACAUGGCCGAUGACCGCAAGAAGGCGCGCAUUAUGGCCCUUAAGUCGCUCGCCGGCGCGCUCGAGGCCAUCUCGGACGCGUCGCACGCGAGCAAGGCGAGUGGGAAUGACGCGCCUCCGGCGUACGAACCCAAAGGCGAUGCGUUUGCAUUUGGACUCGAAAAGCGACUGCUUGGCGACGACCGGCUCUCGGCGUCGUCGGGCGAUGCCAAAGCUGCACGAUUGCACGGGUCGGGGUGCUGGGCGCCGUCAACGGGCGACUUGACACCGUGGCUGCGCAUCGACUUGGAGAAGCCUCGGUUUGUAUCCAGCGUCAGUGUCCAAGGCGGCGUCUUGGGCCAAGCCAGUGCCGAGGACCCGUCAUUGGACUUGUCGAAAGAGCGCAUGGAGGCCGUGUUGAGUCAAGUGGCGGCGACUGCUGUCAGCGGGGACCACGACCAGACGUACGAGAUUGCAAAACACAUUAUGUCGUGGGUCAAGUUGCUCAAGUCGCCGCAAAUCCCAACCAAGCUCUUUAGCCGGCCACCCGUCCGGUUCCUCCACGAUGUCAUCACGCAAGUGGCUGUUAACACGGGGUAUGGCAAAGACGUCUUUUUCGAGAAGGACAGAGACUACAGCCAGCUCACUGAGAAGAAAGACAAAGUCGAGUACCUUCUCAAGGUUCUUCAGCUCGUUCAAACCACGUUCCAAGGGGUACUCGAAGUCAAGGCCACGGACGCCAACAUCCUCGCCGGAAAGGAGCCAGAGCAAACGAUGCAACUGCUUGGACUCUUUUGCCUUGGUGCUAUCCAACACGUGGCCACGCACGGGGCCCCCGUGCCGCAAGAGGCGUGGAUCACUCAACUUCAAAUCGAAUCGAGCGUUGAUGGGGAGACGUGGGGACAGCUACCCGCCCCGGUGACGGCCAAUGCCGACGUGACCGCGGUUGUCGUUCUGGCAUUGCCACCCAACACGGUCGCCCGGUACAUCAAGCUACUACCGACCAAGUGGCAGAACACGCCAGCGCUUCGGGUCGAGGUGACGGGCAUGGCGGCCGUGAGCGCCGAUACCGGUGCGGAUGCAAUCCAGGCCGAGAUUCUGGGCUACCUCGGACUGCUGACCAACCUCUUCUCGGCGGGCGAGCUCGUCCUCGAAGAGGCCAAGGUCAAGUGGGCUCAAGCCAAGGACAGCCAGCGUGAAAAGCAAACUGCACUCAACAACCUAGUUCAAGAGAUGGACACAUGGAAGGCCCAGACGCAGAUGCUGCAGGCCAAUUUGGACGCGGCCAACAAGGCCAUUGACAAGUGGAAGGCGGACAAAGGCGAGUCGGACACCAAGCUCUCGGCCGCGACCGCUCAAAUUCAAGUUAUUGCCGCGCAGUGCAAGGCCACGGAAGACCACCUUGCGCAAGCCAAAGCCACGAUCGACGCGCUGACAACCCAGUGUGCUGAGCUCACGCAAGCGAACACUGCUGUCCAGCACCAGCAGACGCAGCUCCAGGCGCAAUUGACGUCCAUGACGCAGUCGAAAGCCGACUUGGAAAAACUUAGCGAGAGCUUGCGCACGCAAUUGAGCUCCAAGAGUGCGCUAGAGGGCGCGACCGACUCGCGCAUGGCAAGCCUCUCGGCCGAGCUCCAAACCGUCACGAUUCAGUUGGACGAAGCCAAACGCAACGUGGAGCGGACGGCCAAGGCGCUGGCCGAAGCCGAAGCCGAAAAGGCAGCCGCGUCACAGCAAAUCAAGGCGCUCAAGCUGGACGCGACGACAAAAGACCGCGCCAACGAAGCGAUCGAGGCCAAGUUCAAGGCGGACGUCGCCGACCUCCAGCGACAGCAAGCAGCGACGAACGCAGCGCUGCAAGAGUCAACGGCCCAACGCUCCGAGGUGGAAGACCAGGCGCAGCGAGCCCAGGCGUUAUUGGCCAGCCUGCAAGCCGAGCUGGACGCCAUCAAGAAGCGACAGACGGAGAACGCGACGUCCGAGAUCAAGCGCCUCCAGGACGAAGCCAGCGAAGCCGAGAAGCGGUACUUUUCCGUACAGACGCAGCAAGUGCGGCUCCAAGCCGACAACGAGCGGCUCGAAGCAAAAUUUGCUGCUGCGGACGAGAAGGUCCGCGUGUUGGACACCAAACUGCUCGAGGCGACGGCGACGAUCGAGUCGCUGCAGCGCGAGAAGAAGGCGCUCGAGGAGCUCGAGGAAGAACUCAACUUGCAGCUCCAAGUCGUCACCGAAGAGCGCGACUCGGCGCGCCAAAAAGAAGAAAUUCUCUUUUUUGAAAACGCGGAAAAAGAUCAAGAAAUCGAGCGCAUCCGAGACGGCUACGUGUGGGUCACGGACCGCAUGAACAACAAGGAGGACGAGCUCGCCGAGCUGCAAGAGCAAAUUGAAAAGUACCACAGUCUCCUUCGACUCUCGACGAGUAGCGAAACGCCCAGUCGCCCGGGCUCGAGUCAACCCGCGGCACCGAGCGUCGGGGAUCUCACGAGCCUGUACCGCAUCGCCUUUCACAAAGACUGCCCAGCGUCGGCGUCGCCGAGUGAGCUCCUGCAACAAAUUACGCACUGGAUGCGAGCGCAGUCGCCCGUGGACAACGCGCCGCCCGAGCGACCGACGACGGGUCCAUCCAGCCAGAAUGUCAUCCCGUCCGAGCCGCCAGCAAAGCCAGUCACGACUGUGAAACCGGCGGCUGUCACACCCGCCAAGCCGCCAGCGACCAAGCCCGAGGCGCCACCGACGUUUGUGACGCAAGGUGCGACACACACCAAGGCGCCCGAGGUCGUGGUCAAGCGGCAAGUGUCAAUCGAAGACUUGUCACCGCCGAUGCGCGUCGAGUCGAAGCCGGUGCUCGUCACGGGCAAGUCGGUCGCGUCCGAGAUUUACGAAGACAACGAGUACGACGAUGACUUUGAUGCGGCCGACGACGACGACGGGGCAAAGCGCGCCAAAUCCAAGCGGCGGAGUCUCUCAAAAGGCGAGGCUACUGUCGAACCCGUGCCGGUGCUUUUGACCACGUCCAGUAGCGCCAACUAAUGUCCACCCUGUAAUAUAUAUGUACGACUACACUA